AUGGAAAACUAAUAAAAAAAAACGUUGGUCACAAACCAAAGAACUUGAAUAUCCGUAGAUACGAUAGUAAGUUAACUAGAAAAUAUUAAAGAAAACUAUAAAAAUGUCUUUUCCCACGUCCCUUUCCGUGAAACUAAAGCUACCAAAUCGUGUCCAGCCAGAGGUUAUGCCUCAGCCUGGCAAAGAGGGUCGCUAUACCAAUAAGAUGCACUACAUCAAGAAGCAUUUGCUGGACGAGAUUAGCAAGAAGAAGUUCGCCUUGGACUUCCUAGAACCAGUGGACACGGAGGUACUCAAGGUUCCCACAUACUACAAAACCAUAGACACCCCCAUGGACGUGGGAACAAUAUUGAAAAGAGUUCAGAACAAUUACUAUAGGAAUGUGGACGAGGCCGUGGCCGAUUUCCAACUUAUCAUCCACAAUUGCUUUGUUUUCAAUCAAGAAGGCGACGUGGUCUAUCGCAAGGGUCAGAAGAUGGAGAAGUUCUUCAAGAAGGUGCUUAAAGGAAUGCCAAAGGGACCAGAAGUGCUGUGCAACAAGGAUCCCAAGGCGACGGGACCGACGAGGAGCAAUCCCACCAAUGUCCAAACAGAACGGAUGUGCCGGGAUGUAUUGAAGAAGUUGCAGAAUUUGACCAGCCAGUCGGAUCCCUCAAUUCGUAGUUUCUUCAAUGCCAAGUGGGAUUUGCUGGCCAAGAAACUGGAGAAGCCCUAUUUCAAGACCUUCGAUGAGUUUCGAUCGCAUGUGGAUGGGAUUUUCAUGAAAUACCAUGACACAGCCAAAAGUAUCUACGAAAAGGCCUUCAAUCUCCCAGGAUCCUGGACUAUUUCAGUGAGUUCUGCGAAUGGUGGUUCCCCCUUAGCUGAUUCAGAUCUGGAUGAACUAAUGAAGGCCGCCCAACUGGCAGAGAGUGGCUUGAUGCAGUUCCUCCAGUCGCCGAGUUACGGGAACUUACCAAAGGCCAGGACUGCGGUGGAGGCCUUCUCUGAGACUAUAACCAAGGCGAAGGCCAAACUUCAGGCAGCUAAGAAAAGUUCCGUAAAGAAAUCAGGUCAAAAACAGAAAGGCAGCCCCAAUCAGGAGGAGGAACCAAUCGAAGGAGUACGCAAGCCAGCAAUGGAGUUGCUCAAUAGGCGUGAGGUCGAUUCGGUCAUGGCGGUGAGGCAUGAAUCCAGUGAUGAAGAGGAACCAACAAAGUUAAUUGGCGACUCGGAACAAAGUUCUUUGCAGAAAUCGUUCACCAAACUUCCUCAGAAUGCCAUGGGGGAGAUCAUUCACAUGGUCCAGCAACUGGAAGAGAAAUCCCUGAAAGACGAUCAGCUAUGCAUCAAUUUGAGGAGCAUCGGAUCGAGCACAAUGGUCAUGAUGAAACGAGCCGUGCCCAAGGUGUCGCGGGCCUAUAACAAGGUGAAUGUCAAGGAUAUGCCGGCCGAGGAACUGCAGGGACUUCGGCGCGACCUGGAAGAGCAACUGUUGAAACUUUCAACUACUCUGAACGACAAUCGUCGCCGGGGUAAUGCUUCCACGGCUAAUGCAAGAUUGAAUAGCACUAAGACAGCUGCGAGGAAGAAACCAUCUAACCCAUUGGCGGCCAAAUUGAAUCCGCCACCGGUCAAGGAUAGCGGCCAAGGAUUUGGUACAGGUGUGGGUAAAUGUCGCAAUCUCAGUGACACCAGCGAUGACUCCUCUGGCCGGUCCAGUCCUCAAUUUCAGCCCCAAGGUGACUCUAAUCAGCGGAUGAAUAAGGACCAGAGUAACAUGAAUAACAAAAAUCCACCGCAAAAUGAAAAGUAUUUUCAGCCAAACUUUAUUCCUGGUAGAGAACUCAAGAUCAGCAGCAGCAGCAGCAGCUGUGACUCGCAGCCAAAAUCCAAAUCGGCCAAGAAGUCUGGCUCUCGUUCCAGCUCCAGCUCCAGUUCAGGCUCCAACUCAAGCUCUGGCUCUGGCUCUGGCUCAAGCUCCAGUUCAAGUUCUAGUUCCAGUUCUGGAUCCAGUUCGCGUUCGAGCAGCAGCUCCAGCUCCAGCUCCAGCAGCGGUUCCCGUAAAAAAUAA